AUGGUUGAAAUCGCCGUCAUUGGGGCCGGAGCCGCAGGAUUACCCACCCUCAAGAAUCUCCUCGAAGAAGGCUUCAAGGCAACGGCUUUCGACCGGAAUACUGAAAUCGGCGGUAUUUGGAAUAUGCGCGAGGAUGAUCAACCCUCGGUCCUUGAAAGUGAGGAAACACCAUCCAUCAUGUUGUUUUGUUCCUCGGAUCCUCCUUCGCAGUUGGAAUUGGUGACUUAUAAAUCUUGGGCGGUUAAUAAUCUUAUUCUCACUUCAGGCACGAUUGCGAACAACUCCACCGAUUUCGGCUGCUAUACGGACUUUCCCUAUCCUAAUGAUUCCGCAACAUAUGCAUCUGCCCGCGAGGUCUCGCUCUACCUCCGUGCCUACGCCGACCACUUCGAUCUUUUCCCGCACAUUCGACUCGGAACUACAAUCCACCGCGCAAAGCUGACCACCAUGGAAGGAAUUGAGAAAUGGGAACUGGCGAUCACGCAAGACAGCUCGUCAAAGGAAGAGCUUCUCUACUUUGACAGGCUCGUUGUGGCGUCCGGCUCGUUCUCGACCCCUUCUCAACCAACGAUACCUGGCCUGGACCGAUUUGAGGGCCGACUCAUGCAUAGUGCGGCUUAUAAAAGACCUGCAGAUUUCAAUGGACUUAGGGUACUGGUUGUAGGGACAGGGAACACGGCAGCAGACGUGGUUGCAACCUUGAAAGGACAUGCAAGGCAGGUCUACUGGUCCCAUAGACGCGGGGCCUUGAUUCUCCCUCGGAAAAUAAAGCAGAUGCCACUCGACCAUACAUUGACGUACCGUUCUACCCGCUUAGGCGACGCGCUGGCCGCCUAUUUUCCUGACUUUGCUGAAAGAUUGAUGAUAAGGACAUUGGAGAAGCUUCAGAAUACAGUUUUUAAUAUUCCCUCCGAGUGGGAUCUGAAACCUGUUCCUUUGCUACGACACGCACUACCCAUUAUCACAGACGAUCUUGUCGUGGAGCUGGAGGCCGCCCGGGCGAUGAGUGUUCCUAAAAUUAAACGGGUGAUAGGAAAAGGAGCAGUUCAGCUCGAAGAUGACACCGUUCUGGAUGAGAUCGACGCGAUCGUGUUUUGUACGGGGUACCAUAAGACCGACUGGGCGCUUGUUGGCGACGAGCUGGACCCGACGCGCCACACAACGCCUCGAUGGGGUUCUGCAAAUUGCUCCACCAAUCACCAGCUUCCCCGCUUGUACCAGAACAUAUUCUCUCUCGAUCGACCACACUCACUUGCAUAUAUCGGCGUCUUUUCAGGCCUGAUCUCUGGCUUUACCAUGUCUGAUUUAGCAUCAAUGGCGCUUGCGCAGGUGUGGAAGGGUAACAGCGCUCUACCCUCUGCGGCUGAGAUGAACAACCACGUCAACAUGCAUCACAAUUGGCUCUAUGGUCAGCGUGGGCUCAUGAUACAGCCGGAACAGCUGUCAACACAAAACUAG